AUGCCCAGUGAGACCGAGAAUAGUAAGGCAAAAAGGCUUAAAGAAUUACUAAACACAUAUCAAUUGUCUCAACUUAUUAAAAAGCCUACUAGAACAACAGAAUCAACGAAGACGCUCUUAGAUUUAAUAAUUUGUAAAACUGACGACCCAAAAACCGCUACAACGGACGUUGUUGAGCUAGGUAUAAGCGACCACAACCUAGUCUACACUUGUAGAAAGGUCGGAAUAUGUAAACAAAAACCCAAAAUUAUUGAAACAAGGCAAUACCAUAAACUAAAUAACGCGAAAUUCCAAAACGAUUUAAAACAAGCUUUACUACAUAUUAAUGAACAUUCAGAUCCAAAUACGGCCCUACAGGAAUGGAACAGAAUUUUUCUACUGAUAGCUGAUAUAAAUGCUCCUAUACGAUUGAGAAAAGUGAGAAGUGACCGACAACCGUGGAUGACUGAUGAAAUUAAAAAACUGAGCUUUCACAGCGACUACUUAAAAAAGAAAGCAGUCAUGUUAAAUUCCUCUGCCUUUCAUAGUUCAUACAAAAAAUGUAAAAACAAAGUAACUAAACUUAUUAGUAAUGCAAAAACUCACUACUUUAGAACCAAUCUCGAAAACAGCAAAAGUUGCAAAGAAAAUUGGAUUCACAUAAACAAACUGCUAAACCACAAAACGGUCAAAACUCAGACGAUCAAUAACAUUAAAUUUGGAGACCAAAAUAUUACAGGUGAUAUCAACAUAACAAAUACAAUUAAUAACUACUUUGUAGAAAUUGGACCCAAACUUGCUUCCGUUAUUUCUCCUACAGACAUAGACCCUAUACAACCUAUUCAGCCUUGUAGAUCUGAAUUUAACUUAAGAACAAUAACAACGACAGAAUUAAUUCAAAUAAUUGGGAAAACUAACUUAAACAAGGCCCCAGGUCUAGACAAAAUACCAAUUAAACUAAUUAAACUAGCAGGAGAUGCCAUUCACGACUCCUUAUUACAUAUCUUUAACCUUGUACUGGGCACUGGCAUUUUCCCAGAUGAUUUAAAACUUGCUAAAAUAAUACCUAUUCAUAAAGAAGGUGACAAGGCGGAAUGCGGAAACUACCGGCCUAUAUCUGUAAUUCCUACUGUCGCCAAAAUCCUUGAAAAGAUUAUAUACGACCAAUUAAGUUCAUAUAUCAAUGACAACGACAUUAUUUGUAAACAGUAA